GCUCUAGUAUACACCAGGACAGACCUGGUAUCCACGACUACAACUGCUCCUCAUUAGAAACAGACCAUAACUCCUGGAUGUGAUCAUAACGAGCUCUGAUGACAUCGUCAGCUCAUACUGCCUGAGCUCUCCACAACACCACAGACAUCUGAAGAAACCUCCCCCAUCUCUCUCUCUCUCUGUCUCCCCCUCUAUCUCUGUGUCUCUCCCCCUCUCUCUCUGUCUCUCUCUCUCUCUGUCUCUCUCUUCCCCCCUCCCUCUCUUUCUCUCCAGAGACUUCUUCAGGUUCUCGUUCUUCACAGUCUUCUACCUGCUGACCCAUCACCCCACACACACACAGCGAGAGAGAAAGCGGCCAUGUUUCCCCUGCGUGUUGUGCUGCUGGCAGCACUGGUUAGCCUGACCCUGGGUCAGUACGACGACUACGACUACCAGCCGGCCUCCCAGCUUGGACCCUCCGGACCCAACUGUGCCCAGGAGUGCGACUGCCCCAUCAACUUCCCAAGCGCCAUGUACUGCGAUGGACGCAAGCUCAAGUUCGUCCCUGUGGUCCCCACGGGCAUCAAGUACCUGUACCUGCAGAACAACCAGAUCGAGGAGAUCAAGGCAGGUGUGUUUGACAACGUCACUGACCUGCGCUGGUUGGUGCUGGACCACAACAUGAUCACCACCGACAAGGUGGCCAAAGGCACCAUCGACAAACUGGUGGGUCUGGAGAAGCUUUUCUUCAGCCACAACCAGCUGUCCGAGCCUGUCCUGCCGCCGUCCAGAGUCCUGGAGGAGCUGAAGAUGAUAAGCAACCAGCUGUCCAAGUUCCCGGCGCUGACGGACAGGGAGAACCUGACGGCCGUGCAUCUCCAGGACAACAAGCUGACCUCGGAGAGCAUUGCUGGGGCCUUCAAGAGCCUGAAGAAGCUGCUGCUCCUGGACGUCAGCAGGAACAAGCUGAAGAAGCUUCCAGCGGGCCCACCCAGCUCUCUGGAAGUCCUCUACGCCGACCACAACGACAUUGACAGCAUCGCCGCCGGGUACCUGAACAAGCUGCCGUCCCUCAAGUACCUGAGGGUCUCCAACAACAAGCUGGUGAACUCAGGCAUUCCAGCCGGCGUGUUCAACGUGUCCACCCUGCUGGAGCUGGACCUGUCCUUCAACAAGCUGCAGAAGAUCCCCGAGGUCAACGAGAUGCUGGAGCAGCUAUACCUGCAGGCCAACCAGAUCAAUAAGUUUGACUUGGAGAGCUUCUGUAAGUUCAGCGGCCCACUCAACUACUCUCGUCUGAAACACCUGCGUCUGGACGGGAACAACGUCACCCACACCAGCAUGCCCGACGACACGGCCAACUGCCUGCGCCAGGCCUCCGAGAUCGUCUUCGAAUGAUGACCCUCCAUCCAGCGUCCACAACCCCCCAGUCUGACCCCACCUCCUCCCAUUCUUAACCCCACACCACCCCUCUACCUACCCCACACUACCCCCUCUACCUACCCCACUCCACCCCCUCUACCUACCCCACACUACCCCCUCUACCUACCCCACACCACCCCUCUACCUACCCCACACUACCCCCUCUACCUACCCCACACCACCCCU